GUUACCCUCUGAAAAAUUUGAGUUGUAAAUGUACCUUAAUGAAAUCUACAACAACAUAAGUAUAAUCGGGGAAACAUUUUACUUUAUUUAAAUAUCAUUUUCGUGAAAUACAUAUAUUUAGUAGAACAAUAUCUAUUUGCUUGAAACAAUACUUAAAUGUACAAUAAGACAGAUAUGAAAAAAGGGCACAACGUAUCCAACACGACAAACAAUGAUCAUAUUCAUGAAGAUGAUUCGGUAACUUUACAAGAUACUGAUUCAGACGACUCUCCAGCAAAACAGAAAUUACGUGGAUGGCUGAAUCGAAAGUUAAGAAUAAAAAUAACAGAUGGACGUGUUUUAAUAGGUGCAUUCUUAUGUACUGACCGUGAUGCCAAUGUAAUUUUAGGAUCAUGUUCAGAGUUUUUAUCAGAGGAUCACACAGAAGAAAGAACUCUUGGUUUAGCAAUGAUACCUGGUAGACACAUUGUAACAAUACAUAUUGAUGCUUGAGCAACUAUGUUUGUUUUAUUUAAAAUUAACUAUGCAGAAUUUAUUGUUCUUUGUUCUCCUAAAUUAUAGUAUUUUGUUAUCUCUCUAUUGUUUAAAAUUUACUCGAUAAU